AUGAUCCAGCUCCUUUCAGAUUCAAAAGAGACUGAGAGCAGAUCUGCUCCUGCUCCUGCUUCUUCUCAUGUUCCGGCUUCUUCAUCCCGCCCACCAAAGAAGAAGAGACAAAUUACUGAAGUGGCGGCUGCUUUAACUGUAGCGAAACGUGCCAAGAAUGUGAGGUUUCAGAGAGUGUGGAGUGAGAAAGAUGAGAUUAUGUUGCUUCAGGGAUUGAUUGAGUAUCAGAGCAAGACAGGUCAGAGCGAUUCUGAAGACAUGAAUGCAUUUUUCCAUAGUAUUCAAAGAUCUAUUAGUUUUGAAAUGAAGAGUGUGCGUCAGAUGACCAGCAAAAUUUGGUUUCUAAGGAAGAAGUACAAAAACGAGAAAGGCCAGAAACGCUGUUUUACAGAAGAGCAUGAUCUAACAUGUUUUGAACUCGUCAAGAAGAUUUGGGGAUCUGAGGUCAUUGAUUCUACUAUUGCUGAGGUUGAUUUUACUGUUCCUAGUGACUGA